AUGGAAGAAGUGAAGCUACUGGGAGCUUGGCCUAGUAUUUACUGCUAUAAAGUCAUAUGGGCAUUGAAACUCAAGGGUGUGAAAUAUGAAUAUGUAGAGGAGGAUCUUUCCAACAAGAGUGAUCUUCUUUUAAAGUACAACCCAGUUCACAAGAAGGUUCCGGUGCUCGUCCAUCAUGGAAAACUAGUUGCUGAGACAAGUGUUAUUCUUGAGUACAUUCAGGAGAUUUGGCCACAAAAUCCCUUGCUACCGAAUGACCCUUUUGAGAAGGCCUUGGCUCAGUUUUGGACAAAGUUUGAAGAUGACAAGAGCCUAGCCUUUUUUGCUUUCUUUCGCGGUGUAGGGGAAGAACAAGAGAAGGCAACAAAAGAAGCCAAACAACUGUUGAAAAUAAUAGAAGAUCAUGGCCUUGGGGAGAAGAAAUUUUUUGGAGGCAAUAAGAUUGGAUUGGCAGACUUGGCCUUUGGAUGGUUGUCUGCCUGGCUUGAAGUCAUGGAAGAAGUAAUUGGUGUAAAACUGAAGGAAGCUAAUAGCUUCCCACGCUUAGAAGCUUGGACUAAAAGCUUCAAGGAAGACCCCAUGAUCAAAGAGAACCUUCCUGACCGCGAUGAAAUGUUGACAUAUUUCAGAAGCCUAAGGGAAAAGUUUAUUGCAUCAGCAGCAACAUAA